AUGAAAACAGGCGGUUUGCCUUCCAAUGAGCAGCAUCUGGGAUAUCAAAUCUUGUCUCUUAUACGGUUAAAGGAGACACACAACAAGUACAGUAGUGAUUACUCCGUUCUCCAUACGACUCAUUACUUCUUACUUGUGCACUUGCUCUGCUCGCUAUCUCUUGCCGUACUUGUUUUCUGUACAGCGCCCUCCUUGCGGAUGGCCAUACACUAUACUCCGCAUUACCCGACCGCAAGGUCCGCUAAACAAGGGACGGCCUCUUUGGCAGCGGUACAACUUCCUUAA